AUGGCAGUGCUGGUAGCUGGCCAGGACUAUGUGAUCUUGAUUUUGGUCUGUGUCAUCACCCUUGUGAUCACUGGUUGUUCGCAUGCAUUUGUCCUUACGACCAACAACAACUUACAAGCUGGCUUCGCGAAGGUAGGCAUCUACAUUGGUCAGUUCGCAGUCGCCGUGCAAGUGACGGUGGUCAUUCAAAGAAUGGACAUCGAUGGCAGGCAAAUCGUUUGCAAUUACGCUUUGGACAAUGGCGUCUUAAUUUUUGUGCAGGUCUUCCAGAUCGUUUCCAUAGACGAGUUGAUCCAUUCCCUGAAUGCCGUCAGCUGUGUGACACGUUUCGCGGCAGUUCUUGUUUCAGACUGUGGCAGCUCCAGUGGCGUUCAUGAUCGGAAUGCGAUUGUAGCCCUGGCACCUAUCCUGCCUUCGACCGAGGCUGGCAGCUUCCUGGUAUUUUCAAUGCUUUGUCUGAACUUGUGUUUGACUGCUUUGUUCCAGCCAUGGUUGUCGCUGCUUGCCACCUACAUAGACAUGCUGGCGAACUUUGCUCUCCUUACCAUCCUUCUCUAUGGUGCCUUUUAUGCAGACAAUGUGCACGGUCCAGCUGGCGUGAUGGUUUGCUCCCUGGUGCUUUGCAGCAUCCUGAUGAUUUUUCUGAGCCUGGCCGUCCAAGCAUUGGCAGAAGCUUGGUCCAGAAAGCGAGCAAAACGAUAUGACUUCUUCUUGACCCAUCACAAGAAGAGCUGCGGCAGCAUGGCUCGCUGGAUGAAAUUGGAACUCCAGCAGCGUAGCGUGGCCAGUCCGUGUUUUUGGACACUGAUGACUUGUCAAAUCUAUCGCAUAUCUUCAGCAGCGUGGCCCACAAUGUGGACGUCCUGGUUGUCCUUGCUUCCCCUGGUCUUUGGACUGGUGAUUUGCCCUGUUUCUGGGCGGAUAUGGGGCGGCGCCUGCCCCAAGGAACUCUG